AUGAGAGUGCACACCGGACAACGGGGACUUUGGGACCACCCCAUCCCACUCCCUUCACGGUUGUCGGUGGUCAUAAUUUUCACAGCUUCCCCAAAGGGUGGGCCCACUUUCUCCCCCGUUGAUCUGAACAUCACCGCAGAGCCCAAUCAGGAGGCGGAGAAAGCGGGAGGAGUGGAAGGAGAUGUGACGAAUAAUAAUAGCUUCACUCCAUUGUCCUCCACUGUGCUACCUGCACUUUCCCUAACCCCGUGUCGGUCCCAACUCACGAUCGGUGGACAGAAACCAUGUUCCGCGAAAUUUGGGAGCUGGGACGUGAGGAAUCUGCAGCUCCCGGCGAUCGAAGUUCAGCGUGUAAGUGGCUGUGGGAACCCCGGAUCCUUCCCCACUCCGAGCGUCUUUCUUUCAUUUGCCUCUUUGCUCCUUUUCCCCGGGAUCCGCUGA